AUGACAAAAUUCUCAAUUGUUUUUUCUUCAUUGUUAUGCCUUCAAUGCAUUGCUAUGCCGCAACAAACUGUAACAGUAUCACAAACAAGUGAUAUUCAAGAACUCCUCGAUAAACUUCAAGAAAUUUUGAGACAGCUCACGCAGUCAUCUGGUUUCUCAUUCCAGUAUCAGUUUCAAAGUGGAGGAAAGAAAUCAGGUGACAAAGGGUAUUCAGCUCAGUUUCCGCCCAAAACUGGUUCAAAUAAUAAUGGUCCAUCACAGACUUCGGGAUCAGGGAGUUACAGUCAGUCACAAAUGAGUGAACAACAAAACCAACAACAAUCAGAUGACUCACAGUUUCCAAACUCACCACCACCAAGUGAUGCUAAGCCACCGAGCUCGUCUCAAACAUCCGGUCAAUCACCAUUCUCCUCCUCUCAACAGUCAGCCGGCUCGUCUCAAUCAUCCGGUCAAUCACCAUUCUCCUCCCCUCUCCAGUCACCCAGCUCAUCUCAAACAUCUGGUCAAUCACCAUUCUCCUCCCCUCUCCAGUCACCCAGCUCAUCUCAAACAUCCGGUCAAUCACCAUUCUCCUCCCCUCUCCAGUCACCCAGCUCAUCUCAAACAUCUGGUCAAUCACCAUUCUCCUCCUCUCAACAGUCAGCCGGCUCGUCUCAAUCAUCCGGUCAAUCACCAUUCUCCUCCUCUCAACAGUCACCCAGCUCAUCUCAAACAUCCGGUCAAUCACCAUUCUCCUCCUCUCAACAGUCAGCCGGCUCGUCUCAAUCAUCCGGUCAAUCACCAUUCUCCUCCUCUCAACAGUCACCCAGCUCGUCUCAAUCAUCCGGUCAAUCACCAUUCUCCUCCUCUCAACAGUCACCCAGCUCGUCUCAAACAUCUGGUCAAUCACCAUUCUCCUCCUCUCAACAGUCAGCCGGCUCGUCUCAAUCAUCCGGUCAAUCACCAUUCUCCUCCCCUCUCCAGUCACCCAGCUCGUCUCAAUCAUCCGGUCAAUCACCAUUCUCCUCCCCUCUCCAGUCACCCAGCUCAUCUCAAACAUCUGGUCAAUCACCAUUCUCCUCCCCUCUCCAGUCACCCAGCUCAUCUCAAACAUCUGGUCAAUCACCAUUCUCCUCCUCUCAACAGUCACCCAGCUCAUCUCAAACAUCUGGUCAAUCACCAUUCUCCUCCUCUCAACAGUCACCCAGCUCAUCUCAAACAUCCGGUCAAUCACCAUUCUCCUCCUCUCAACAGUCACCCAGAUCAUCUCAAACAUCCGGUCAAUCACCAUUCUCCUCCCCUCUCCAGUCACCCAGCUCAUCUCAAACAUCCGGUCAGCCACAAUCUUCUAACAUUUUUCAGUCCUAA